AAUAAGAUAAGAUCAUUUGAAUUGAUGAUUCGUGAAUUGCACUACCUCCACAACCAAGGUGACGACGACGACGGCAACACCAUCAUAUCACCACCACCACCACCAUGAUAAUGACAAUGACAGCACCUCAGCAUCAUCACCACCACAACCUCCACACCACAACCAUGACAACACCGCCGACGACAGCAUCACCACCCACCCACAACCAUCAUCUUUGUAGCAUGACCACGACCACCAAUGCCUCACCACGCACCACAGCAACACCGUGACCUCCCAAAUGAUGAUGUUGACCCACAGAAUCUGACAGUACUCUAUUGGUAGACGCUUAAGCUGUGUCACGGUGCUAGUUGCCAUUCACACACCGCGUGAGGUAAACUGCCCUUCGAACAGUUCGCAUUAAAGAGUGUCCUUGUCCGAAUCUGUUCUAGCUCUAUCCCGAACCGCAAACGAAUCGAGUAACAGAUAAGAUAUCUGCAGGAGCAUGGAUAAAACGAGGACAACGGUCUCUGGUUGUACGAUAGCCGGAUAGUUCACGUUUGUGAGAGCCGUAUUGUUUACUGGAUUGGUAAAUGGCGAGAGAACCCCGUCUGUUGACGAUUGUGUAGAGACCGAAGAAUGAACAUUAAUGAAUUAUGUCCUCGUACGGUCCCCGUCCACUAGAUCAAACCAGCAUAUCGUGUUUACCAUAUAUCUGUACUCAACGUCGGUAUCAGAGGUAUGGAUAUCUGUUCAGGCAAGGAACACAAUGUGGACAAGGACCACGCGACGCCAGCGACAAAUAUUCGGUCCAGUGUGGUCUUGGCCCCGCUAACAGUCAUGUAUACUUCUGUGUAACCGUGAUGCCGUUUUCAUUACGCCAACCUGCGAUGCGAUAGACACACGUUUUCCCUAGUCAUUUCUUGUCACUUUGGUUGUUGAUUUCCACGUACCGAGGCUGGCUGGUGUCGACGUAAAAGAGUAUGUAGAGAGCCUUGCAAGAUGUCUUAUUUUGCGGGGCGAGGAGAUGUCGUAUGUUUGUGGACCAAUGGCUCCUCUUCGCAUGGCUGGUUGCGAUGGUGGACGGACCCCAUUUGAUAGUUUUCAUGAAGUCCGAGAUGAAAUUGGUAAUAAAUGAUAGAGAGCAGCGGUAACCUGCGCAGUCCGCACUAGGCAGCUGCAUACCGAAUAUUUUGUACUUGCACUAUCUCGCUUCCUCCUCUCUACUGUACUAUAAAGCUUUCAUACACGGGCGUCUCUUUCCCUUUCUUUCUUUCCAUACCCAUCCUUUCUCAGAAUGUCCACAGUCAAAGUCACUAAAAUUUGCUGCAUCGGUGCUGGCUACGUCGGCGGACCUACUUGCGCUGUUAUCGCACUCAGAUGUCCUCACGUUCAAGUCACCAUCGUCGACUUGAACAAGGCCCGUAUCGACGCCUGGAAUAGCCCAGAUUUUAAGCUUCCUAUCUAUGAACCUGGUCUCGAGGAUGUCGUCCGCAAGGCCCGCGAUCGCAACCUUUUCUUCUCCACGGACGUCGAUAAGGGUAUCCAAGACGCAGACCUCAUCUUCGUCAGUGUCAAUACACCUACAAAGAAGAGUGGUGUUGGUGCUGGUUUUGCUGCUGAUCUCAACUACGUCGAACUAGCCACACGACGUAUUGCCGCUGUCGCUACCUCCAAUAAAAUCGUGGUCGAAAAGUCCACUGUACCCUGCCGUACAGCCGAGUCCAUGCGUACUAUCCUCGAAGCUAACUCAAAGCCCAAUUGCCGCUUUGACAUCCUCUCCAACCCCGAAUUCCUCGCAGAGGGUACUGCCAUCAGCGAUCUGUUCAAGCCAGAUCGUGUUCUCAUCGGUUCUCUCCAGACUCUAGAGGGUAAAGCCGCGUGCAGUGCACUCGCAGAGGUCUACGCAAACUGGGUUCCCGCCGACCGCAUCCUCACCGUUGGCCUAUGGUCAUCCGAACUUUCCAAACUUGCAGCAAACGCCAUGCUCGCUCAGCGCAUCUCCUCCAUCAACGCCCUUUCAGCUAUCUGCGAGGCCACAGGCGCGAACAUCGACGAAGUCGCACACGCCGUCGGUUUCGACUCUCGUGUUGGGCCCAAGUUUCUCCGCGCAUCAGUUGGCUUCGGUGGAUCGUGUUUCCAGAAAGAUAUCCUCAACCUCGUCUACCUCUCAGAAAGUCUUCACCUCCCUGAGGUCGCAGAGUACUGGAAGCAAGUCGUGGUCAUGAACGAGUACCAAAAGAGACGAUUCUCGAAGACGGUCGUGGACACGCUUUUCAACACCAUCACGGGGAAGCGCAUCGCGGUCCUUGGGUUCGCGUUCAAGGCGGAUACUGGCGAUACCCGCGAAUCUCCCGCUAUUACUCUUAUCCGAGACUUCCAAUCAGAGAAGGCUCUCAUCAACGUCUACGAUCCCCAAGUCGAGCACGAACAAAUCUGGGCCGACCUUACCGAGGCUAGCCCCUCCACCCCUCUCGCUUCCAUCCAAAAACAAGUGUCGAUUUGCUCUUCGGCUCUCGAGGCAUGUAAGAAUGCCGAGGCCGUCGUGAUCGCGACUGAAUGGAAAGAAUUCCGUGAUAUCGACUGGGAGCAGGUUUACAAGGGAAUGAACAAGCCUGCAUUCGUCUUCGAUGGUCGGCUGCUUGUUGAUGCCGAUAAGCUUCGUAAAAUUGGUUUCAAGGUCAACACUAUCGGUCGUGGAGAGAGAAUGUAAACGGCGAAUAAAAUCUUACUUGCUAUGGGUGUUAGAAGAUCCAAACACGAUAUAAUGCUAUGGAACGGACACUGUCUUAAUCGCUGGGCAUACUAAUCUGAUAUCUUGUCUUGCUGUUGUAGAUAAUCCCGUAUAUGAUGCUAUUCAUCGACUUUUACUUACGCAGAAAUAGAAUGCAUCACAACGUACGAACAGGAUGCUGUAUAAUGACAUUUCCUUUUUUUUGCCCUGGGGGUCAUGCUCUUUACACGAGAACGUGUCUUGUAUUCGGUAACUAACAGACAACUAUCAAAAUAAAAAGAGUGGCAGAACAGUAAACAUAAGAGAGCAGUGGGUCGCGGGAACUAUUUGAUCUCACCCAUUUGACGAUUCAACUACAUCUAUACGAUCGUAAACACCAUAUGAGAGACAUGUAGACAAAAGAGAAGUUCAGCGUAAAAAAGGAACAAACAGACAAUGUUUGAGGAAAUACGAGGGAUUGAAAGGCUACAAGACAGGAAUAUAGAAAAUGAACACUUCGAAGGCAAGGAAGGCAUAAAAAGAGAGAGAACUUCAUUCAAAGACAUAAAUGAUGACAGUAGUAUCCCACCGAACUUCCACAGACGAACAUAUCAUUCUAUGCGGUAGGCGUCCCAUCGUUCGAAGUACCUGGGUCGGUAGCAAGACUCUGUCAAGCGUGUACGGCCUAGUGACAAUGAUGAAAACUCCAGCGUCAACUGGAUCAGAGUCACGGAACCAAAUAACAGGCGGACAUUUGAUCUUGAAAUCGGGAGAAAAUGUAGCUACAAAGCAACGAUAAUAUUCCUCGAAAUCACCCAUGAUUUGCCCAGUUUUGCGAAAUAGGGUGCAGACCGUGGCUGUGCCCUAUCGAGUACGGGAGGCUGUGGUUUUGAUAAUGAUAAUCAUAUGCACCAGCAUGCAAAUUAGUAGAUCCCGCUCGACCAGUUGAGAUGAUGGCGGGAUCAGUGAAGGUCGGCGGUAAGUCGCGAGGCCGCUGGCUGACAUGCUGGGCUAGUCCUGGCGACAGACUAGAAGACCCUUGAUGCAAUGUAUGGUUCGCCUGAUGACGGGGGGCCGAGGCGGUCGCAGAAUAGGACCUAAGAUGACCAGGGCUGACAGACAUAUAUGACUGCCCGGCCAGCGAGUUAGAUUGAACGCCAGGCAGGAGAAUUUGAGAAUUCGGAGUAGAUUCGAAUAAUGAAGCCCACCCCUGCCGAGACGUCUGCGAAGUCGACUGGGAUGGCGUAUGACGCGCAAAACUGUGAGACCCAACUGCACCAAAUCCUGACGAGCUCUCGGGCGUCAUUGUCCAGAUCGAGCUGCCCAAUAUUCGUGACUGGGGAACAGUAGAGAUAGGCGGUCUGUGGUGCUGUGAACGACUGGUCUCGAUGUUGCCCCUGGUGUUACCCAUUACAUUGUUGAGGAGAUCCU